AGUAUGUAUUUAAAAUGCGCCACACGGAGUGCAUAUGAAAAAUAUUCAUCGUUUCAAAUGGUAAAAUUUGCGAUUAGAUGUUCUAGCAGUCGCCCUUCGCAUCAAUUAAUUUUCGACAGAAAAGCUAAAAAAUUCCAAAGAGAAAGAGCUGCGAUAAGAGAAGAUGUUGAACUUUAUGAUUAUUUAAAGGAAGAGAUAGGCUUUCGCUUGUCUGAUCGAAUAUUCGAUAUUAAGCGAGAGUUUGAAAAUGCCGCUGACUUGGGUUGCAGUCGUGGUUUUUUAUCACGUCAUGUAUUGGCAGAAAGUGUCAAACAUUUAACUUUAUGUGAUAUGAGUCCAACAAUGCUUUCGCAAGCCCAAGGCACACCCGGUUUAAGGAUAAGUAAAAAGGAAAUGGACGAAGAGAAUAUUGAGUUUGCAGAGAAUUCCCUAGAUUUGGUUAUGUCGAGUUUAAGUUUGCAUUGGGUUAAUGAUUUGCCUGGAUGCUUUAGCCGCAUUAUUAAAAGUCUAAAGCCGGACGGUGUAUUUAUAGCAUCUAUGUUCGGUGGAGAUACGUUAUAUGAACUGCGUUCAUCUUUACAACUUGCUGACCUGGAACGUAAAGGUGGCAUUGCUCCUCAUAUUUCACCUUUUACGCAGAUAAGGGACGUCGGUGCAUUAUUAAAUCGUGCAGGUUUUACCAUGUUAACGAUUGACACUGAUGAGCUCGUGAUUGGUUAUCCAUCCAUGUUUGAACUUAUGUGGGAUCUGAAAGGCAUGGCCGAAAACAACGCCGCGUUCAAUCGUCCGGCUCACUUAGAUCGUGAUAUCAUGUUGGCAGCAAGCGCAAUAUAUAAAGAACUUUAUACUAAGGAUAAGGGUGUGCCUGCCACUUUUCAAAUAAUUUACCUUGUCGGUUGGAAACCUGGUCCUAAUCAACCGGUACCAUUGGCCCGAGGCUCGGGAGAAGUGUCGCUUAAAGAUUUAGGCAAGAUGAUCGAAAGCAGUAGCAAAAAUAAGAAAAAAAAAUAAGAGAUGAUUCUUAAAUCGGAAGAGAUGAAAAAGUAACUUUCUUUAAAUAACUUAAAUUAUUUAUUUAUUUUCUCUUCUAUUUUAUUAUACAUUUGUGUAUAUUGCUCUAAGACAUGUAUUAUGUUAGUGGACGAAAUGCGUAGCAUUAUUUUUGUUAAUUUUUAUUUGCUUUCAACUCUUAAACAAAAUGUUCAUAAUUUUUUUCUUUCCAUAAGUUUCAUAACUUUACGAAAAAAUUAUCACCAAGAAAUUGUCAUUUUUCACUAUCAGUCAGCUUCAUCAACAUACCGUAUAUAUGUUUAUUACAUUGAACUACGAUAUUCAAUUGAUCAACGAAUGCUAAACUUAAAUUUUUACAACUUCAGGAUUUCUCAGGAUGCACGAAUGGAUGUUUGUUAAAUUGGCGUAAAGGCUCUUUUUUUCAUUUCUGUUUAUUCCUAUAACCUAAAGUUAGUCUUCGUCAUUUAAUGCAGGAAAAAAAGGAAAAUUGGUACCUGCUAAGAUGCUAAAUAUGCGCGAGAUUAGAAGCAAGAAAAGGGCUUUAACUACAUAUUUUCUUGCUUCAAUUUUGGUCGUUCUUGAUAUUCUCCUAAGUAUGUGUAAAUGCUUAAACUCCAACUUUUUCCCGAAAAUGUACGAGUGUAACGAUAAAAUAGCAAGCUUCGGAAGCGAAGGCAUCUUAUUCUUCGGUUGUAAGUUAUUCUAAAGCAUGCAAUACGCAUGUAAUAUAUAAAAAGUGCCUUUAAAUGAAAUUUAUAAAAAGUGCCCUUAGCAAUCAGAUAUCUAAUCUGACGUUUGUUACUGCAGCAUUUUUAACUUCUUUGACUAUGUACCAAAUUGGAGUUGCCUAAUUUUUCCUACUUUCGCUACUUCUACUAUCGACCUCGAAUCUCAAGCCGAUCGAUAAAGAAAAAUAUUUGACUUGCUUUGAUUAGUUAUACAAAAAAUGGUUCCAAGACUAAUUUUAGCUAGAGAUGUUAUGGGUUCUAUUUUCUUAUUUACUUUAAAGAAAUUAUGCCUAUUUUAAAAUUUGAUUUGUGACCAUCAACUGCGAGUCUAUGUGUCCACCAUGGAUCACGAGUUGGAAAAGAAAAGCAGGGGGAAGCGGACGUGGGUGACUUUCCUCAGAAUGUUAUGCUCAUUGAAUAGAUAUGUGCACUGUAGUCUUUGACGCAUACUUUUUUAUGACAUACUACUACAUACGGCAUGCGUAUUCGCUGCUUUCGAUAAUGAUUAUAAAAAUAUAAUAUAAAAUGUAGUAUUAAUUUAAUUAAAUAAUAUCAAGUUGAACAUCAUCUCUUUUUUGCUUAAAAAUAUACUCUAUCUGAAAUUUUAACUAAUUGUGUUCCUUAAAGAUUAAAAAUAAUCAAUUAAAAAAAUAUUAAAUACGGUUAAAAAUGUUAUACGGAAUAAUUAAAGAGAACUGUAGAGAAAUAAAUUAAGAAAGACUCUUUUUUUUUGGAAU